AUUACCGGACGUACCGGUCUUUGUGUACGAAUCCAUCGUUUUCGCUGGCGUUCCGUGUGAUCUAACAUUGCCGUCGGUACCAUUUUUUUUAUAUGCCAAUAUACGCGUUGUUGGUGUAGAUAUAUUCGCACUUCUCGAUUCAGUUCGAUGUUUGGUGUAAGACGCGUUUUGUGUGCGAGUCGGAGCUCGGCAAUACGUAUUGCUCGGUAUAUGUACUGUCUUCCGAUAUUGUUGAAGUCCCGCAGAAGCCAUGCGGUUCACAAAAUCCAGCAUCACUGCAGACGUGUCGGUUUUGUCCUUUUGGAGCUGUCUUAGAGCUAAGCAGCGCCAUGUCGCGCGGUUACUACAACGGUGGUUAUAACCACGCGUGCGAAGUGGACCAACACCGGUACGAGGAGAUACCGGACAUCGACCCUUCCAUGGACUUUCUACAGGCCGACGACACGUCCACCUCGUUCUACUACAUGGAGUCGCCGACGCGGAUACGCAGGCCUUCGGACACCGCGGACCCGGCUGAACGGACGUUGCUGUUGCGCGCACAACAGCACAACCACUACCAACAGCUACAACAACCACAGAUGAACGGAUGUCCGCCGCCGCUUCCGGCCACCCGAGCCAGGCGCAACACGCCUCCGUCCGCGGCCGGGGGUGACCGGUCCGUGGCGGCCGUGACGCCGUGCAAGGCCAGGCGCCGGCUGGACGUGUACGGCGACGAGUCGGGCACCGUCAGCCUGCCGUCCACGCCGUCCGGUGGCCGGACCGCCGACGUGUUCGCGCCGAUGAUGGCGCAGACGGCUGCGGCCGGUGCAGCGUUCAGACCGGUCACAGUGCGCCGUGCCCGGUCGUCGGCCGCCCUCUACAACAAGCACAAACGGCCGCCAGAAUUUCUGUCCGAAUACAAUCUGGACACGUGUGUGCCGGCCACCGGUGUCCAAUACGACCGUCCCAGGAACACCGCGGUCAUACAGCCCAUCUACAAGGCGCCACUGCCGUCCGUGUUCCAGGUGGAAGAGAAAACGACGCCGUAUCAAGCCGAAUCGCCCGCCAAGCCGUCGUGGUCGCGGACCCCCCCAGCCCGAACACCCGUCCAGUCACUGCCCGUGUGCACGCUGUGGUCAGCCGCCAUGGUACUGGUGGUGUCCGGCACGGCCAGUUGCAUGCUGUGCUUCUACCUCAUGUCCCGGCGUGGCCGGCUGUACUACUUGAACGCUGGACUGCUGGCAGCCGCCGUGUGCCUGGUGCUGGGAUUUCCCGGGUUCCGGUCACAACAGUGGCGGUGGCUGCCCAACCGCAACUACGUGACCGGUUACAUACUGGUGGCCAUGUUCAGCGCGCUGGAGACGUGCGCGCUGUGGCUCAUGUGUCAGAGCACCGUGCUGGACCCGGCGCUCAACGAUAUCGGCGCCGGCGUCGUGUGCGGCAUAUCCGCCCUGUCCGUCACGCUCGCCUGUCUAGGCGUCAGCACGUCGUACUGUUGCCGAUACCCACCGCCCGACAACAGGGUCGCGCACGGUGUCGAGGGAUUCGUCGUGUAGAUCACCACCCAUCUAACCCAUCUACUCGACAAUAAUAAUAAUAGUAUUUAUUUUAUCGUUUCCCCGACUAAUUGUACCAAUCCGCUACGACUCGUUCAAUGUACAUUUGUAUAGUUUUUAAUUUAUUUUAGCAUAUUAUUAUAUAAAAUUUGACACGUUCGCGAAAACAAAUUCCUAUGAAUACGACUGUAACAUGUAUUAUAUAUGUUACAAUUGUUUUUGUAAAUAUGUAUAUGUAUAUAUAUUUGUUAGUAGCGAUAAGGUAUAUGUAUAAAUGGAUAAGAAAUUAAUAUUUAUCGAUCUUAUAAAAAUUAUGUUAUACAAUGAGUAAUGAUUAUUGCAAAUCAAAAUAAUUAAUAUAACGUUACCUACUACAAAUUUGAUACAAUUUGUUCAUCAAAUCAAAUAUUUACUUUUAUAUUCCGGCUGAUUUUUAAAUGGAAUAUAAGUUAACACGUAGUUUAAAUAAGAUAUUCAAACUUAUUUUUUGAAAAUUCAAAAGGAUGAUUGUUUUUUGUUUUGUUGUUUUGUUUUUCGACAUACCUAAUCUGACAUAUAAAAUGUAAAAGCUAAUCUUUGAAAAAAAAACAACUUUCAUCAAAGUUAAAAUUCAAUACAAUACAAUAUAAAACGUAAUAAUUUAACUUAAUUUGUAUCUUUAUGUUCUGACCUAUAGUAUAUUAAUAUUUCUUUAAAAGCGAAUACAUUUUUUUGCCUAUACUCGUACAUAGGUAGGUACCUAAUAAUUAUUUAUUAGAAAUACUUUCAAGCAUAAUUAAAUAUUUACCAAAUGUAUAUAGUAUAUACACACUCAAAACUUAUAUUGGAUAGUAAAUCAUACAAACAUAAUUUAUACUAAAUAUAAUAGAGACAUGUUAUUAUAAGUGUCAAUGAUAUAAUUAAUUUAAAAAAAUAUAAAUUUGAUUUAUAUCUACAUUCAAAUAAAUAAUUAUACGAGUACGAAAUAACUAUAUUAAUAAGUUAUUUAAAUACGCUAAUUUAAGUAAGUGAAUAUACGUAUCAAAGGCGGAUAUGGGGGGCUUAAGCCCCCUCAAAACAUAAUCAAGCCAUACCAGAUGGUUAGAGUGUCUAAAAAUAUGUAUUUACAUUUUAAGCCCCCCCCCCUCACGAAUGUGACCAAUUAUCCACCUAUGAUACGUAUGUCAAAAUGUAUUUAAAAAAUAAUAGUUAUAAUGUUAUAUGGAUAUGAAAAUGUUAUGUAUAAAACAAAUUUUUGAUAUUCUUGAAAAUUGUUCAAUUUUGUAUUAUUAAUUUUUCAAUUUUUAAUUUUAUGUUUUACUUAAUUUUAUUAAACGGCGUAAAUUAUGUAAAUAGAUUAUAGAUUACUCAUAACCACUAAACUAUUUAUGAAAGUUAUUACUUAAAAGUAUAACUUUUAGUAUCAUUAGAUAUCCGUUUUUAUUUAGAGUUGUUGAGAUUAAAUAUCAAUAAGUUAGUGAAAUAAGAAAUAAAAUGUUUAUUAUAUUUGUUCAAUAAUGUUUCAAUGUUUAUUUAAUACACACACGUUUAUAUUAUUUA